UCGCAGAAAAUUAAAAAUAAAACAUUUUACAGUUCAAGUAUUCUUAUCAACAUUUAUGUAACGAAUCUAUCGAGUUUAUUAAAAAAGAAGUUCCAAACUUUAAUAACAGUUUUGUUUAUUUGUCAUUCUUCUUCUCCUUUACCCUUUCAAGCGCCACCUUUUCUUCCUAAAUCCUCUCUCUCUCUCUCUCUCUCCAUAGCUGAAAAAAUGUUCUUCAUCUAACAGUUUAAAGGAACUGUGAAGCAAAUGAGAUAAAGAGAGAUGGGAGGAGUGACGUCAUCGAUUGCGGCGAAGUUGGCUUUUUGUCCGCCGAGUCCGUCGUCAUACAGUCUCGUCUCGGACGAAGUGACAGGACUUUUUCUGAUGAACCCGUUUCCUCACCGUGAGAACGUGGAAAUCUUAAAGCUUAGGACACGUAAAGGAACAGAGAUCGUAGCUAUGUACGUCAGACACCCGAUGGCUACUUCUACUCUGCUUUAUUCACAUGGAAACGCAGCCGAUCUGGGCCAGAUGUAUAAGCUAUUCAUCGAGCUCAGCAUUCAUCUCAAGGUUAAUCUUAUGGGUUACGAUUACUCAGGGUAUGGACAGUCUACUGGAAAGCCCAGUGAGAACCACACAUAUGCUGAUAUAGAAGCUGCGUAUAAAUGUCUCGAAGAGAGCUAUGGAUCAAAACAGGAAGAUGUAAUCCUUUAUGGUCAGUCCGUAGGAAGUGGACCUACACUAGAUCUCGCUGCUCGAUUGCCUCAGUUAAAAGCUGUUGUUCUCCAUAGCCCCAUUCUUUCAGGCCUAAGAGUAAUGUAUCCAGUGAAGAAGACUUAUUGGUUUGACAUCUACAAGAAUAUUGACAAGAUCACACUUGUGAAUUGCCCGGUUCUUGUCAUUCACGGGACUUCAGAUGAAGUUGUGGACUGUUCCCAUGGUAAACAGUUGUGGGAACUCUCUAAAGAGAAGUAUGAACCGCUUUGGCUCGAAGGAGGUAGCCACUGUGAUCUAGAACACUACCCUGAAUACAUCAAACACCUUAAGAAAUUCAUCGCAACCGUAGAGAGACCUCUCUCCUCGAGAGCGAGGGCGAGCACGAGCCAGUCAGAAAACAAGAGCGGUGAUGUGGAAAUGCCGAGGCAGAGCGUAGAUAGAAGAGAGAAGCCACCAAGGCAAAGCGUUGAUAGAAGGGAGAAAGAGAAACCGCCAAAGGGUCCUUCCAAGAAGAGUAAGCUGAGAAUCACUUUCGAGCAGCACUUAGAUCGGUCGAGGAGGAGCGUUGACCUCCAUGACAAGACAAGGAAGAGCGUUGACCAUCAUCAUCAUCAGAUUGAGAGAGGGAGGAAGAGUGUUGAUAAGUUGGAUAGAGUACGGUCUGAAUAAACCGGAGAAAUCGUACAUAUAAUUGUUGUUACAGAACAUGAACAUUUGAUCUUGAUCUUGAUUACGAUUCUAAUGUCUUUUUUUUUUCUUGUUUUGAAUGUGAGUUGUUAAUUAUAGUUUAUUUGGGUAUGAUAAUUUUUUUUCAGGAUG